AUGGAUCCAAGUACUCGCAAAAAUGGUGCCGCUCGAGUACCGAAAACACAGAAGGCUAAAACUCCACCUACACUCAAACCAAAGCCUCCUAAACUUUCUGCAACAACUUCAAAUAGAAUUGAUAGUGAGCCAAAUUCAUCAUCCACUCCUAAACAAUCGAAUUCCAACACAAUAGUGAUUCGUGGACCAAAUAUUAAUAGGCUGUCAAGCGUCUUUGAAGAUCCAAACAUAACAGCAGACCAAACGAUUAUCAAAUCCCAUGUCGCCCCGUCGCUUCCUUUAUCACCAAAAUUGCCUGUUCCUAUGGUUAAGAAAACUUACAUAAAAAAAUCUGUUUCACGUGACAAUGUUGCGAGUGAUAAAAAGGCGAAUAUUGAUGAAUCUUCGUUAAUAUUUGACGAUAUCAAGGCGAAAUUUCAACAAGCUGACGAUGGUGAUAAUGCGAUUCCUAUUCAAACAAAAAAAUUUGUCAGUAAUCGCCCUAAUGAAAGAGUAAGUACACCUACUAGCUCAUCCAAACAUACAAAUAGUGUCAAUAUUAAAGAAUCAGACUCAUUCGCAAGUAGUGAAGAUAGUGUCGAUCUUGAUUGGACAUAUAUUAAUCAGGUAUUAGAGAUGAAUGAGGGAAAUAGUUUAAAUGAUUCAGAUACUAUAUCACAGCAAACGACAUCAAAUUCAUCAAUUAAUAAAAGUCUUGGAAGAAAUAAUUCACAUAGCGCCCAAUCUUCAAAAAGAAAUUCUAUUAUACCAUCAAAUGAUUUUGAAGCAAAGAGAGCUAGUAUUGCGAAUUUACUUUCAGGGUCAUCUCCGAUUUUAGUACGGCCCAGGGAAUUACAUUUAGAAACGUCAAAAGCUUUACCUCCGAUACCAACGCAAUCUCCUUCACAGUCUCCAUCUAUAAAGGUUACGUCCCCUCUUUCAGAUAUAAAUAGUGGAUCUAAGAGUGAAAUAUCAUUGACAAGUUUUUCAAGUGAAACAACGCUUGUUGAAGAGGAUGAGUAUUCAAUUGAUUUAAAAAGGCGCAGAAAGUUGUGGAAUGUUAUAAAAGAGUUAGUAGAAACUGAAAGGAUUUUCUUUCAAGAUAUGAUACUUCUGGAAGAGGUGUAUUAUAUACAAGCGCAACAAAUUCCUAUUUUCAAUCCAUAUGACUGUAAAACAAUAUUUAGUAAUCUUUCGGAUAUAAUAGACUUUUCGGAGCAUUUUUUAAAUUUAUUGCUUGUAGCUAGUGGAAUUGGAGAGACGGAUGAUGACCCCGGUAAACAUUAUGAACAUGAAAAUGAUAAUACAGCUAUCGGAGAGGCAUUUGCACAGAUGAUGAGAAAGUCUCAGGGUGAGGACAGUAGGUUAGAAGCAAUUUAUGGAGAAUAUUGCAAACGGCAUGAAGCAGCUGUUCAAAAACUUCAAGAAUUCGAUAAUGAUGAACAAGUUCAAGGAUUUUUACAGAAAUGUAAAAGCCAAUGUGAAGGUCGAACGAGAAGUUGGGAUAUUGCUAGUCUUUUAAUUAAGCCUGUGCAACGAGUAUUGAAAUAUCCACUCUUAUUGCAACAAAUUUUAUCACUUACAAAACCUUCGCACCCAGAUUAUGAGCAUCUUCAAUUUUCUUUUUCAGAAAUUACAAAAGUUGCAGAACGUAUUAAUGAAAUAAAGAGGCGCAAAGAUAUAGUUGAAAAAAUUGUAGGGAGUAAAAAAAAGUCAGAUGCAGAUGUGAGUCUUUGUGUAUUACAUUUAAUUGAAAAAUGUAAUAUAUGCGUUGCUUUAGGCAUGGUAUUACGAAAUCAUUUACAAGAAGAGAUAAAGCAUGCUACCGGUAUUGCAAAACCUACAGAAGAUGAACUUUAUAAAGCUUAUGUGGCCAAGUUUAAAACUUUAGAGCAAAAAGGAAUUCAAUUAGCUAAGGAUGUGAGAAAUUGGGUAAAGAAUGUUAAAAUGUUUUUUGAAGACCAGCAACGCUUAGCAGCUGCUAUCGAAGACUUUUAUAUAUUAGGGGUUGCUGCUAAUAAAAAUUCGGAUGAUUGUGUGAGAAUUGUUGAAUAUGGAAAGGCUAUUAGAAGCUUUUCAUUAUCUUGUGGAAAGGAAAUGGAAGACACAAUCAAGAAAAUAAUAUAUCCUCAAAUUGAAAAGAUUUUGGAUCACUUUAAAGCACCUGCAGCUGUAAUGAAGAAACGAGAACGAAAGAUUUUAGAUUAUGACCGAGCAAAUUCGAUUAAAGCUAGAGGUGCAACGCCCGACAAAACGCUCCAACAAUCUGCAGACGCUUUUAAGUCGAUUUCAGAUCAAUUGCACGAAGAAUUGCCCUUGUUUUUUGUUUACAUAACAGAAUAUUUUGAUAUAAUUGUGCAAGAAUUAAUUAAAAUUCAAGCUAAAUUUUACCGUCAGAUGGAUAUGGAUUUCCGACAAUAUUUUUGUAAAUAUGUAGACGUAGAGGCUCUACAGGAAAUAUCAGAUGACAGAGAAUUGGUUUUGAGAGAUAUAGAUGUAACUACAGAAUAUACAAAUUAUUUCCAUGGCUCAUUGGGAAUGGAAGACCGAUUAAGUGAAUUGGUUAUUUUGAAUAAUAGGCAAGAUUUUACUGAAGGUAAUGACAGACACAGAAAUGGCCAAAGAUAUAGUUUUUCAGAAUCGCUUGGAUCUUCAGGCUCAUCAAAACAAGCUGAUGAUUCACAAAAUCGAACAGAACGAUCGUCAUCAUGGUAUUCGGAUAAUUCAUUAAAUAACAGAAUACAAAACUCCUUCGGGCUUGAUGAUUCAGAUUAUGAGAAUCGAUCAAAAAACUUUUUAGACGAUGGUUUUAAUUUCCAAGAAAUUAAAAAAAGAUCGCAACAACGAUAUAGUGCUCACAAAAAAUAUGCUACUGAUGGUGCUAUAGAUCAUCGAUCACUAGAAGAGGAUGACGAUGAUGAUGUAUUUCAUGAUUCCUUGACCGGUGAGGAGGAUGACGAAACCCUAUUUUUAUGUCAAACUAUCCAUACAAAUAAUUCGAAAGAAAAAAAUGAAUUAAACUUUAAGCCAGGAGCUUUGCUCAAAAUUAUAUUUAUCGAUGAGAGUGGGGAUUGGUGGUUUGCGGUCAAUGCAGAUACUGGAGAUAGAGGAUGGGUAGAUCCGGCUUUUGUUGAGAGGAUUGGUUAA